ACAGGACUAGAACAAAUUGCUGAAACUGCAGGAGGGAAGGACAGCUCUCCUCCAGGACAGUCUUCCUCUGGAAGGACUGAAGGAGGAAUGGACAACCCUACUCUACGACAGCCUCCCUCUGGAAGGAUUGAAGAAGGAAGGGACAACCCUACUCUAGAACAGCCUCCCUCUGGAAGGAUUGAAGAAGGAAGGGACAGCCCUACUCUAGAACAGUCUCCCUCUGGAAGGAUUGAAGAAGAAAGGGACAACUCUCAGGAGUCUGAAGAUGGACAAAUUGGCUCAAAAUUAGUAGUAGUAUCAGGAAGGCAUACAAGCCGUCCUAUGAAUCCUGAAGAAGAAAGGGCAAAAACAGAGAAAAAAGAACUGAUUCAUAAGACAUAUGGUCCCAAAGUUGAAGAUAUGCCCCAUGACGUUAAGCACAAAGUAUGUCUAAUGCUUAACCCUAUACAAAGGCUAAAAGCUGAUGACUAUUGCAAGGUAGCUGACGAAAUUGGCUUGACCCACUAUCAGAUAAGGAAUUUGGCAAAAGAAAACCCUAUGGAGGAUGUUUUUGAGGUGAUGAUCAGCCAAACAAAAAAAGUAGAUGAGUUUGUAGAUAUUCUAUUUAAAAUAGGUAGAGGUGAUGUUGUACUGAAGAUGUAUGACAUGGCACUACACACACAAUCUUAGUAAUUCUGAGUACGUCUGGUGGCCAUUAGUAGUUAGAAAAAGUUAAAAGCCCCUAAGAACAAGUUAAGAUUAAGGCAUGUUUUUUUUUAAUUUAAAAAUUUUACCAGCACAACGGAUACAUAUUUUGGGCUUGCCUGUGGUUUAUCAAGCCCUGAAUGUCAAAUGAAAUAUUUCCAAAAAAACAUUCACUCUUUCGUUGCUUGGUGGUUCAAAACCACAAAGAAAGCAGUGCGUUGUUUCUUGUAAAGUUUUCUUUGAAAAAUCUUCUUUGUCACCUUCGAUAUUCCAACACAAAAUUUGACAGCAUGCGGCAAUCGUUUGGUUUUGGCGCGAAAUUCUAUUGAGGAUUUUAAUUGGCUCCUCGACAAACAAGCCGAUUUCGAGUGGCCCAUAAUAACAAUUGGAAAGGAAUGUUCUGMUCAAGUAAGCAGAAGACCUGUGACGAGAGAGACUGAGAGUUUUUUUGGUUCCGAAGGCACUGAUAUGAGGCGAAAUACAAGUCAAAAUACAUGUCUAAACACGUGUAUCGAAUACAAGUAAGAYAUUGUUUUGAAAUAGAACUUGACACUCUGUGACAUUGACUGCGCAUGUACAAGAAUAUGGCCAGGAUGCUUCGACGUCAGAUUUCUACGU